UUUAUUUGGCAGUGGUACGAAACAAGUGCGUGAGAUAUAUGCGGAUCUCAAGGAUCAUUUUCACGAACUAGCCAGAAUUCUAUGCAUCAAGUCUUUCGCGCACCGUCCUUUUGCAGUUUUCAAUUUGGUGGAAAUUUUCGCUGGAAAUUUGGUAAAGUUGCAGCAGUAUUGUGCUCUACAAACCAACGAUAGGAGACAGUAUACAUUUAGCAAUGUCUGGCAUGACAAGGAUUCCGAGUCUGGAGCAAUAAUCCAGGGACUAGAAACGAUAGAUUGGCGAGCACUUUUAUGUGAAGCAGUUCAUCGGGUUUUAUCCUGCUGGCUUCGAGGUCGACAGAAUCAUUUCAAUCACCGUGAUCGGUUAUGGCUGCAUACACGCGCUUCAGUCACGCAUAUGCUGAAAAAUCUCAUCAUUCUGCAAGACAUUAUUGCGAUAAAGCAUCUCUUGGGUUCACUGCUCACUGAGUAUGUUUG